AUGAAGAUUUUCCCACUUCUCUUGUCCGUUUUUCAAGUCGAAUCCUAUGUCGUCCCCGGAUACUCCGGUCCUCCUCAGGAUCUGAACUACUUCACCCAGCAGAUUAUCGACGGGCAGUUGAAUCUCUGCCGCGGUCGGAACGUCGACAACGUCAGCUGUGGCAAGAUCCUUCAUGAUAAAAUCAUGACGAUGAACGACCUGCGACGAGAGUUCAGCUGCAUGGUUACCCGUGGCUACUACGGAUGGCCAAAAGGGAGGGGACACUUUCACUCUACUUCCGGUCCCAAUGGCGGAAGCAACAACUACUACGCCGUCUGCAGCGAACGAGGAGGCACAGCCGUCAACAAAUGGAGCUUUGAAAACUCGUGCGAAUCCUGCGCGAACAGCUGCAACGGCGGAAUCAACGCCGAAACCUGCGUGAGAGAUUGCAUGGCACUCAGAGAAGCACAGUUCUGUCAACAAGGCUAUGCCAGUCUCAUUACUUCGAAGGGUGCUGUUGGUGGGUGGACAUAUGGCGGUCGCUUCUAUCAGUCUCGAUCUGGAAUGUGGUGUGGCGGAGUCUGCACAAAUUAUCUCCAUUGA